UUUCCUCUUGACUUUUCUACUUGAUUUUCACAGAUCAUUGUUUAUUUUAAUGAACAUGUUUGAACUUUCAAGUUUUGCAAAAUGUGCAGGAUAAUGGGCUAGUAAUGGCUGUGGCAGAAGCAAGAACCGCUUGGCAAAGAGCAGCUAAUCGAUGUUUGGUGCAGGAAGAUGCCAAGCGAGCUCCAAAGUUGGCGUGCUGCUCAUCAGCAUCACCCUCAUUGAAACAGGUUGACUCUGGGCCUGCAAAUGGUGCUGAUGCACAAAAUCCUUCUGGUACAUGCUUCCUGCCUUUUAACAGGAACUCUUCAUAUUGUGAUUUAUCCCCUAAUUCAAGAUGGUGGCUGCACCUUCAACCUAAUUAUGGGUAUCAAAAAGGCAUAGUGAGUGAACUGGUAGAUUCUAUGGAAGCAGAGAUGGAGAAUAUUGGACCAGUUUUAGAUUCAAUCCCUAAAUAUAACAAGUUCUGUGAUCAGAAUGAAGCAGAUAGUAGUUGUGUGGAUAAAAUUACUGUAGGUGGAUCUCUAGAUUCUCAGGUUACAAGAUCUGCAAGCCAUGUAAACAAUGACUUGGGAGUUGGAAGCAAAGAACUGACAGAUGUGUUUACUGAGAUUUCCAAGGAUAGUUGUAACCUCGAGGACACAGGGUUUCCCUAUGAAGCAAGUAAGAAAGGGCUGGUUGAUCUCACAGUCGGUAAACAGGUAGAUGAGCUUUCAUUUGAUACAGAGUAUCCCUGGAGUGGUGUCCAUAAAACAGAACCAUGGUGGCGAACUGCAGACACAGAGGAACUUGCUUUAUUGGUUGCGCAGAGAUCACAUGAUUAUAUGGAGAAUUGUGAUCUUCCCCAUCCUCAGAAUAAUUUUGUUAAACAGGAACAUGAUGUGGAUGUUGACAGUAAGAUUUAUGCUUCUUCUAUGGGUCCGAAAGCUGGAAGUGUGCGUCAACACAAUACAAAUAUUCAUAAACGUGGCUAUCUUUCUUUUGAACGUCCAUCUCAUUUAGAUGCUGAAGGAAACUUGAAGCUUCACACUUGCAAGUCAUCAAGUUUGAAGAACAGUGAAACACCUAGCCAAAAGCUUGUGCCUGAAAUGAAUACAUCUGGAGAUGAUGAAAGCAAGGCCCAACUACUAAAAGCACUUCGUCAUUCUCAAACACGUGCAAGGGAAGCUGAGAACGCGGCAAAGCAAGCCUUUGCAGAGAAGGAGCAUGUCGCUCAGCUGGUCUUUAGACAAGCAUCACAACUUUUUGCCUACAAGCAAUGGUUCCAGCUACUGCAACUAGAGAACUUCUACUUCCAGAUUAAAAACAACAAAAAACAGCCAAUAUCGGCCAUAUUACCAGCAAUGUUACCACAUUUGCCCCAGAAAACUAAGAGACCGCAGAAGAAGUCUGCUAGGGCCAAACAAGCCAGACGUGUCCGUCCCAAGUACGACUUGAGCAGAUAUGCAGUUGUUUUUGCACUAGGUUUGGGUCUUGUUGGUGCAGGGUUGCUUCUUGGGUGGACGGUCGGGUGGAUGUUACCGACGUUCUGAGCUGUGUAGAUUGUAUCCAAUUUUCCUGUUAAUAGUAAGUUUUGUGAAGAUUGGUUUACAGGGGAGUUGACAGGGUGGUUGUGUCUAUGUAUGUUAGCUGUAUAAUGGAUCAUUUCUCCAUUUUACUUUGGACUUAGCUUUUAUUACUUGAAUUGAAAUGAAACACUGAGCUUGAAGACGAGCAAACAUGUAUCUAUAUUAGGCAGUACUAUGUUUUUUCCUCACCAAAAUCAUGGUUUCUACAGACUCUUUUGUAUUGUCAUGAUGAAGGAAUCCAUGGAUUUCUUACCCUUGUUAACUAUUACAUCUUAGAAAGAAAAAAAGGUAAUUGUGUUAUAUUGUGAAUGA